CACCAGCAGGGGCUUUCCACACCGUGCCGUGUCGAGAACGUCCCUCUUUCUGCGCUUUUCGAAACGGAGACUCCAGACGCGCAGCGCGGUGGCAGACAGGGCGCACAGAGCGUCCGUCCCUCACAUUUCUUUUUUUUUUGUUAUCACACAGGGGAUCGUAUACCUUUCAUUCCGGGAGCAGCAGCAAGUUGAAUAGCCAUCACGGCGUCCCUCUGCAACUUGUCAAGGCAGAGCCAUUUGUUUCAGCCACCCGAUAACAAAGAAGUCGGAGCCACAGUGCACCGGAAAGACUAAUGGUGGAUGGCACAGUAAAGACAACCUGAAGGACCUGAGAGCUAUCAUUCGCACGGAGUGGCAGCAAGGUCACCUGGCUGAGGGAUGGUUUGUUCUUCUCCUGCUGAAUCACUGAUGGAGUUAUCAUGAUGGCCAGAGAAACACCAUAGGACCUUUUGAAGAAUGAACUUUUCAAACUACUGGAUUGUGCUGGGGGGGGAAGCCAUUGGAGAUCAGACAAAAUCCCCAACAGUGAAAUCAGCUGACCUUUUCACAGUUCAAGGAUUCUGCUUCAGGAGGCAAAACUCAUCGUCCCGACUUUUUGAAUAACUGGACCACAGAAGAGUUUUCUUUGCAAAAAAAAUCAAAAAAAUCACAGUUAAUUCACAAAAAAAAUCACAAAUGUCAAGAACCAAUAGAAACCAUCACUCCUCAGGGGCAUGUUAACCAAUGCCAGUGUGUCCCUGUUAAUCCUUAGUUUGUUUCACUCCUUUAUCUGCCAGUAUAUCAUAAAAUCUAUACAGUGAGACAGAUAGUUUAGAAACUUUAGAAGAACUAGAAUGACCAACCAUAUUACAGUACAAACAGAUACUAUGCAGCUGGUAGGAAUACAGUAUGCUCUGUGAACUGUUCUGUAUUCAACAGAUAACUUUGUGAUCCCAUGGAUUAACUUUCAAAUUAUUACACAAAGACUGUUUAAGUUUGCCUUGGAGUUUUAUUUGAUAUAAAACUACAAUCAAAAAAACUGUUCCUGUCUACAUGCAUCUUGUAUAUUACAUGUAGACCCAGGCCGGAUUUCAAAUUUUAUUUAUUUAUUUAUUUUUUUUAUCAAAAUGGCUCCUUCUUGGACAAUACGAGCUUGGACACUGCUGGCAGCAUUAGGUCUUCUUAACUGCUGUGGUUUUGGCAGGUGUGAGACCUCAAGGACUAGUUUGAACUCUGGAGGGAGUAGACAGGACCAAGGACCUUCGUCACUUGAACGAGUUAAGAGAGGAUGGGUGUGGAAUCAGUUUUUUGUGGUGGAGGAGUACACAGGCACGGAGCCACUAUAUGUAGGAAAGAUUCAUACAGACUCUGAUGAAGGUGAAGGCAACAUUAAGUACACUAUCUCUGGAGAAGGUGCGGGCUCCAUAUUCAUCAUCGAUGAGCUUACGGGAGACAUCCAUGCCACAGAGAGACUGGAUCGCGAGGAGAAGGCCUUUUACACGCUUCGGGCUCAGGCCCGGGACCGCCAGUCCAACGACCCCCUGGAGCCAGAGUCAGAGUUUGUCAUCAAGGUCCAGGACAUCAACGACAGUGAGCCCAAGUUCUUGGAGGGUCCCUAUAUCGGCAGUGUGGCAGAGCUGUCACCCAUAGGAGCGUCCGUUAUGAAGGUCACUGCAUCAGAUGCUGACGACCCUACAUACGGCAGCAGUGCCAGAGUGGUGUACAGUGUACUGGAUGGAGAAAAGUUUUUCACAGUUGACAGGAACACAGGGAUCAUCAUGACAGCAGUGGCAGAUUUGGAUCGUGAGACACAGGAUCGUUACGAAUUGGUCGUCAAGGCAACAGACAUGGCAGGACAAAUGGGUGGUCUCUCCGGCUCCACCACGGUGACCAUAGUGAUCACAGACGUUAAUGACAACCCGCCGCGCUUCCCACAGAAGAUGUACCAGUUUUCAUUGUCAGAGGCGGCAGCAGUGGGAACGCCAGUUGGACGCGUCAUUGCCACGGAUGCAGACAUGGGAGAGAACACAGAUAUGGUCUAUCUGGUCAAAGAUGGUGGGGAUCUCUUCAAGGUCACUACCGAUGUUGAGACACAGGAAGCUGUCGUCUCCAUCAAGAAGCCACUGGACUUUGAGAGCAAGCGCACACACAAUGUCGUGGUGGAGGCAGUAAAUAAGCAUGUUGACCCUCGCUUCGUGGACCUGGGUUCCUUCCGAGACCAGACCAUUGUCCGGGUCAGUGUGUCGGACAUAGAUGAACCACCCAUUUUUCAACCAGCAGAAGGCGCUAUCAUGGAAGUGCAGGAGGAUGCCAAAGUAGGAGCGCUUGUUGGUAUCGUCACUGCCAGGGAUCCAGAUGUGAAGAAUAAGCCUGUCAGGUUUUCCAUUGAUCGAACCACAGACCAGGAGAUGAUCUUCCAUAUUGAUCCUGAUUCAGGUGCCAUCACACUGGGAAAGAUUUUGGAUCGAGAAACCGCAGGCUGGCAUAAUAUCACUGUGAAGGCCGUAGAAGCAGAUAACCACACCAUGGCGUCCCAUUCAGCAGUGAGUAUUCGGAUUCUGGAUGUAAAUGACAAUCCUCCUGAGCUGGCCACACCGUAUGAAGCUUCUAUAUGUGAAGAUGCCAAGCCAGGCCAGCUAAUUCACACCAUCAGCGUGGUGGAUAGAGAUGAGCCACAAUCGGGACAUCGUUUCUACUUCACCCUGGCCCCGGAAGACUCCAGCAAUCGACACUUCACCCUCUGGGAUGUCAAAGACAAUACAGCUGGCAUCCGGACCCAGCGGUCAGGCUUUAACCGCCAUGAGCAGAAUGUGUACUACCUUCCCAUCCUGGUGGUUGACAGCGGGCCUCCCUCCCUCAGCUCGACAGGCACCCUGACCAUUCAUGUAUGCGGCUGUGACACAGAGGGAGCCAUUCAGUCCUGCAAUGCCACAGCCUAUGUAAUGAGUGCUGCUCUCAGCCCUGGGGCACUUAUAGCACUACUGGUCUGCAUGCUCAUCCUCAUAGUGCUCGUCUUGCUUAUCCUGACCUUGAAACGGCACAGGAAGGGCCAGAGGAUGGCAGAGGAUGAGGAGGACAUGAGGGAUAACGUCAUCAAGUACAAUGACGAGGGCGGAGGGGAGCAGGACACUCAGGCAUAUGACAUGAGUGCCCUGAGGAACCUUUAUGACUUCCCAGAGGCUAAGAGCUGUGAUUCUGGCCCGGACAUCCGCUCACUGCCACAGUGGAUACAGGCUAACCGAGUGGGUGGUGGUGCAGAGGGACCUGCAGCAGCGGCGGCAGACUUCUCCCUAUUCAAAGGCUACAUCCGAAAGAAGGUGGAACAGGCUGAUGCUGACCUGUCGGUGCCACCGUAUGACUCCUUCCAGACGUACGCCUUUGAGGGCACCAGUUCACCAGCGCUUUCACUCAGCUCCAUCCACACGCUGUCCACCACUUCGGAGCAGGAUUUCUCCUACCUCAGCGACUGGGGACCACGUUUCAGGCAACUGGCGGGCUACUACGCUCCAGGGAAUCCUGAUGAAGAAGGGUCCUAGCACAGCUUCUCCUCAGCAGAGACUUUUAAGCUCCCUCUUUUUCCUCCUCCUUCUACUCUGCCUCCUCGUCUCGCCCACUGGCACUCUACUGAGAUCAUUAAAGCCAGCACUGUGUACUCUUUAAAGACAGGGCACCACCUCUUUAUCUCUUUGAAAGAAAAAUCACAGUGUUAAACUUUGAACUUGUUUUUUUUUUUUUUUAACUCGUUGGUUUUGGUGAGAGUUUUCGGACAUCGAGAUGAAAGCUCUGGUGAUCUGCAAAAUAGUACGGAAAGAGAUAUUCACCAGAAUUGCCCUUUAGUUUGAAGGGAGAACGUUUCCUGGAAGCUAUGAGACUGUUUUCAGAGCAGAACAUUAUGUAGGUAGGGUUAAACCAUGCCAAGGCAAACUGUCAGACAAACAUGUAUUUAUUUAAGGAGGAGAUAUUUAUGUAUUUAUUUGUUUUUAUGUAUUUAUUUAUUUAUUUACACCAUGAUCACUAUGGUAACUGCAACAAUGAACUAAAAAGUAUGGGGAAGAGGACAUUAUAAAAAGGAGAAAAGAAAGAAACAAACAAACAAACAAAGAAACAAAGACUGUGGUGGCAGAGGACUCUACAGAUGCAGAGGUGACAUCUGGGUCAUAUGAAAAUUACAUUCUGGAAAUAUUUGUAUUUAUUUUCUAUUACCACUUUUGUAAAAUAACUAACUUAAAUGGCUGGAUGAAAAGCUGAGGCAUAUAGAAAGGGAACGGAUGGAGUGAAAUUGCAGAAGAAAAGAAAUCUGCCAGGUCGGUCAGAAUGACAUACUUUUGCUGUAUUUUAGUGAUUUAUAAAGGCUUUUGGGAGUCACAAACUGGGGACAAUUCUGUGUUAACAAUUUUUUUCUUAUCCUCUCCACAGCCAAUUGUAAGGCAAUAAGGCACAAACCGCGACAGUGAUUUAAGACUAAACAAAAUUACUGUUUCAUGGAAUUGGCUGGUGGCCAGCUUUGUCCCACAGGGAGAUAAUUUUCAUUCCAGGUUUGUGUGAGAAUGUGUACAAUAUGUUCAAUUUAUUUUAUAU